AUGUACCUAAGGGCCCUAUUGAUGUUUUCACUUAUGGGCCUCGCAGAAGCUUCAAAUCGUUUUUCUGAGCCAGAUUUUAAGUCUGCUAAUUUCGCAAAGGCGAUAAACGAUCGAAAACUCAACGGGAGUGUCCUCAGAGACUUUGAAGUAGCAUCUGAAAUAUCUUGUCAGUUUGCAUGUGUCUCUGAAGAUCGAUGUUUGUCAUACAACUUCCUUCCCAUCCAUGACAAGGAGACAAGUAGAUGUCAGCUAAGUGGCUCGGACCGAUUUGCGAGUCAGGUGAAUUUUACAAAAGAGGAUGGAGCAUUAUAUAGAGGAAUACAGGUAACAAAACUGAUGAACUCUAAUGUCCUCGGUUCGUUAAGGUGUCUUUUCUUUUCGUCUGAAUUCAUCUCCAACAGGAUGCUGCGAUUCUCAUUACAGUCAGUCUGGUUGUUUCAAGAAUUUAAUAAGUAUGCAUUCUUUAUAAACUAGGACCGUUCUAUUUCGUGAAUAACUGAAUAGGAACUCUUAGAUGAUGCAACGAUUUUGGUACUGAUUACCUUGCAUUGUGAGUAAGUAAUUACUGGGUCUUGAGGACACAUGCUGGGCUCGGAAAGCUUGAGAAGUUGAAAUGAUUAAAACGCAAUAAAACAAUUGAAACUCUAGCCUUUUGAAAUAUUUUCUGUAUCUACGAGAUUUUAUCAACCUUUGUAAACAACUAGGUCAUAUUAAGCAAGUUUUUUCACGUAUCAAUUGAGUCAACUGAUUCCAAAGAAUACAAUAUCUUUCUAGAGUUAUCGGUGCCGAGACGCACCUGUUAUGAAGACCGCAGAGGUUCUCGCCUACAGAAGGAACGAGAUCUCCUCACCAGGGCAUCCUUUCGUGAAAUGAAUCUACCUUAAGAUGAAUAAUAAUCCAAUAUAAAUUUCCUUUAAAAGACUUACGGUUGAUGAAAUGUAGUAAGAAAUAACACAGAAGAAGCCAACAUAGAUAUAAAUCUAGAAAUAAAGCGGAAUGAUUUCGUUUUAGGACUAUUCAAAACAAAAACUGUUUAUGUUAUGAGUUUCUUUCUUUUAAAGUUUAAUACAUGACCGACGAGAGGCAGUAAGAUUUUAGCUAUUAAGGAGACUCAAUAGGGUUUUUGCUUAAUGUUGGCGUGCGUGCCAGCAUGUUGUUUUUCUAGAAAACUUUUAUGUUUUCCCUUUUUUAGGUCACUAAAAGGCAUCAAGAGGGCGAUGAGAAAGGUUGCUGUAGUAGAUAGAAUGAUUUUAUAAGCUGAGGCUCUACGAAGGGAGGCGCUCGCCAGUGAUAAUUUGGCUUUGCCUUUGAUUUUCUUCAAUUUGCUUCGGUGAAAUAUCUCAAAAUUUUCCCAAUUUUUUAAAUUUGUACUGCCGAUCAUUUAAAAGCCGAAAUGAAAUAGAGGUUACAAAGGCAGUUCCUCGCUGUUUGCAAUUUGUGCUUUCUUCCUCUAUCUCAAACUUGGUCUAAAUAAUUUCAUUUUAAUCAACAGGCACUAGGUAGGGCACAAAUAUUUUAACGGUCCAGCAAAUCUUAGGGAAAUUCUACUAAAGGAAACGCGCUAAAUCAUGCUCGAAAGAUCCCUAUUUUCUUUGUCGUAAAACGGUAUGUUGUUGAAUGGAACUUCGCUAAGAUCUGUAUUUGAGUAUGCGUAAAUUUUCAAAUCUGUCGCGAUCUGUCGCCUUUUGGCAAUCUUUCCCGGGGUGUCUUCUUUUCGGUUGACCUCUUUUUCAGGCGCAGAAGGCCCAUGAAUAUUACGGGUGCAGUUGCUGGAAACCCUAGAUUCCAUCACAUAAAUACUGUCUAACUGUUUUAACACACCUUUUCAGAUAACAAUUGUGCGAUCGUAUCGAGCCGCCAUGUUUAAUGACACUUUAAGCUCGCGCUAUAUUCGCACCCAGAUGUCGAUAGGUCAAAAAACCCUAUGGAGCCUACUUAAACGAAAAAGUCUGCCAUCAUCCAGUUGAAAUCUCUUUGUAUACUGAUUUUCUUUCAUUAAUUUUUAGAGCACCUGCGAGGAAUAUGAUCCUUGCAAAGAGAAUGAAACUUGUGUUGUUGACUACAAAUCAAACACAAACACACAUUUUUGUAAGUGUGUUAGAGGUAAGUGGAGAUCCGUUCAAGUAAAAACAAAAAACAACUCUAAGAGAGGGACAUGCUAAUCCCUCGGAAAAUGCCUCAGACAGAUGAAACGGGUAGAUUAGUGCCAGAUGCGGCAAGGUUACGGAAGAUCAAAGAUUUAACGUCCACAACAAACACAUUUAAGGAGUGUGAGAUAGAUAGAACAUAUAAUUUUUGGUAUUGUCAAAGCGUUUCAUUGUCGCGUUUUUUUUUCAAUUUCUAGAUUGCCCUAAAAACUGUCUUGACUAUUAUCAAAAUGGUUCCACAACUGAUGGUGUGUACUGGGUUUACCCUGAUGAAGAAGAACCAUUUCAAGUGCUGUGUGACAUGACAACUGAUGACGGAGGCUGGACUACCUUUCAAAGGCGCAUGGAUGGCUCCGUGGACUUUUAUGUCGACUGGGAAUCAUACAAAAGAGGCUUUGGAAAUCUGGAGGGCGAGUUUUGGCUCGGAAACGAUUAUCUUCACCGUCUGACUGCAUCUGCUAACAUGGUGUUUCGAAUUGAUAUGGAGGAUUACAAAAACGACCGACGAUUUGCCGAGUACACGACUUUCGCUGUGGCCGACGAAAGCCACAAUUAUCGGGUGACAAUCGAUGGAUACCGAGGCACCGCAGGCGACUCAUUGCUUUCGUACUCGAGGCCUAUUAGGUAAGUCUCAUAGCAGCUUUUUGUACUUUGCUCUGAGAAUGACUUGUAAUAUAAGGAUAAUUUCUGAAAGCUCCUGCCCAAGAAUUUGGAAAUACGUUGAGGAUUUCAUGAAGUCGAGGAUCCCCUACUCUUUAGCUGAUCACCUUUUUUUCUACAUAUGACUAAUCUAAGCUGAUGUGCAUCAUCGCCGAUCAGAUUUUUCAACUUCCAGUUUAUUUCUAACCAGGACUGCUCCUUUCAACAAGAUGACAUCAAAUUCCUGUUUGCUGCAUCAUUAACCAAAAAAAAAAUGUGUACAUUGCUUACCGUUCCAUUUUCUCAAACUUUCCUGAUAGGGGAAUUUUUUAUGUGCACUGCUGAAAUUUAGUGCUCCUUACAUAUUUCCCACCAUGCAGUGCCAGUUGCACUUUAUUGAUUAUGAUAUGCUGUUAGAAGCAUUGCUCUCUCACUUUUUCUCAGUUUCUUAGGAAAUGCCUUUGAUAUCCUAGAAACAUGAGGUUUACAACCAAAGACAAAGAUAACGACGUUCAUAACGGAAAAAACUGUGCGUUAGCCUAUAAAGGUGGCUGGUGGUAUAAUGGCUGCCAUAACGCCAAUCCAAAUGGUUUGUACAAAGGCGGAGGUUACGCACAAGGUAUUACAUGGUUGUCAUUUCGAGGACAAGGAUAUUCUUUAAAGCACACCGAGAUCAAAAUUCGACUAGCAUGA